UGUGAAUCGCCCAGGGAUGGAGGGGGGGGGAGACUCGGUGGAUGCUGUAUAAAUAGAGGCUGCUGAGGACGGAUGUUGUGUGAAUUUGAACAACAUGAGAUCGUCACUCCAACUCGGCGUUCUGCUCUGCUGCCUGUUGUGUGCCGCAAACCUCCAGGCCCAGGAGAGCAGGAAUUCCAUGCGGCUUUGUGGCCGGGCUCUUGUGCGAGCGUUGGUGUUCACCUGCGGAGGGUCCAGGUGGAGAAGACACCUGGAGGAGGAGGAGAAGGAGAAGGGGUUUCUGCCAGACGACUUCUGGAAAGUCAACGGAGAAGAGCCGGACUUCGUGAAGUCAGGAGAGCUUCCAGGGAUGGACUAUCAUCGCAGGGACCAGGACCAGGCCUUGAUAACAACGUGCUGUCAAAAAGGCUGCCGAAGAAAUGAGCUGUCCAUGCUGUGCUAGAGGGGAAGCUCAUCUAUCAGAUGCCAUCAUAUUUCAGUCACAAAUGUAUCCAUAAUGUUGGGAUUUACCAUGUAGGCACGAAUAAAAGGCAUCAUGAAUGUUUGUCCAAAGUACUUGUAUAAUGAUUAAGUUGUUCACAAAGAGGAAAGCCUGUAUGUAAAAGUAGUCUGAGAACGGAGCCCAGGGAAGCCCCAAAAUGUAUUUGUUUGCCCAGAUUUGUGAUUGCCAUGGAUUGUUCUGUGGUCGUUUAGGACAGUAAUAAAGAAUUCUACUAAUUU